UCAGAAUGACAUUACUAGGAGGCGGUCACGCGAAUUUGAACUGUGUUUUUCACUGCAUGCACAUGAUGCACGGCACUUGAAAUGCUGCGCCAGUGAUGGGCCUGGGUUACCUUCUGAUGAACGCGACCGUACCUACACCUGAACAGACAUAUGCCGCGAUGUCACCUGAUCUGCGGCGAAAGGUUGAUGCAAACCGUGCGGCCAGACUCGCCCAAGAACAAACCAUAAAACGCCAAAUCGAUGCUCAGAGCGAUCCAGACGCGGGAAAACCUAUAUGGGCCAAUCAGCGGUAGCUUACAUUUCUCUGCAUGUUAGGGCUCUCGCUUUAUUACUGGACAGUAUGUUAUUCACUGCCGCAUUUGUUAAUGUCCUGUUUGC